GAGGGGAUGGCUUCACACUCCGGCUCGCUCGGCUCGGCUCGGGUGCGAGGUGGGGAGGCGACAGCUAGCGCCAGCCUUGAGGCCUGCGGCCGAGCGGGCCUGCAGUGGGGAUCCGAGCACCACGAGAGCAACGUGUCGACGAGCGGGCCACGCCGCACCGGCCUCUCUCUCCCGCGCGCGCGCGUCCACGAGUGCACCAAGCUGAACGAGAGCGCGCGAGUGUCGUGAGUGUGUGAGAGUGAGUGAGUGAAGUGAGUGCGCACAGGAUAGAAUCGGAUAGUGAAGCUUUACCAAGUGGGCACGCUGACCGUGCCGAAGAAGAUCCCCGCAUACCAAGGAAGACCGGCGCGACACCUCGGCGUCGACGCCCCUCCCCCACCUUCCCCUGUCCGGGUCACUCAAACCCCACAGGGCGUAUCUGCCGGUCCCCUAACUUUUCGCCGCCUCCAGUCGGAAGGCCACCGCGGCGGCUGCUGCCACUUUCAGCGCCCCCGCACCAGCACCCCCUACCCCUACCCCCACCCCCCGCCACCUCCCCCCUCUCACGGGCGGAGACUCCACUCCGAGUCCGACCCUUGACCGCGCCGGUGCGCGCGUGUGCGUGAAGCAAAGUGAGAGUGCAGUGCAAAAGUGAUAUGAAAGAGUGAGACGUGCUUGUGAAAAAGGUGAUGAUGAUGAUGAUUGUGGUGGUGUCGGAGGUGUGCGCGCAGCCGGCGGAGACACUCUAGUGCCUCGUCCACCACGGCAGUCUCCUGCUGGCCGCUGCACAGUCCCCCGCCGGCCGACCCCAUGAGGUUUGAACAGUCCAACGUGGUCCCCGUGUCUCCGCCGCCCGCGUGCCUCGACACAGUGAUGACGUCGGCGUCGCCACCGCCGCAGCCGCACCACCCCAUGGCGUACCACCCCUUCCUGCAGCAGAGGCCCACCGACUUCAGCGUGAGCUCGCUGCUGACGGCGCCCAGCACCACGCCGCCGGGGGCCGACUCGGCCGGCUCGGAGCCGCGCGAUGGCCGCGAGGCCGGCGGCGUCAGCAACGGCCGGCCCGAGUCGUCCUCGUCGACGACGCACCUCGCCUCGCCGCAGACGUCGCCCGGGGCGCCUGGCUUGCCGCUGUCGCCGCUGGCGGGCAGGCCGGCCGGCCCCGCGGGCCACACCCCGCACGGCAUGCCGCCCUACAACUUCCUCGCGGCGCUCGCGGCCAACGGCUCGCCGCCGUGCUACCCCUUCCUGCCGCGGCUGCCCCACGCGCCGCCCAACGGCAUGCAGCAUAACGGCCUGCCGCCCGGCCACCCCUACCCGCUGGCCGACGACGUGGUCCUCGCGGCCGCCAUCGCCGCCCACUACCACGGCCACCACCCCGCCAUGGUGCCCCGGCCCAUGAGGCCCAUCCCCCUCGAGGACGACGGCGUCGUCGACGACCCCAAAGUCACCCUCGAGAGCAAGGAGCUCUGGGACAAGUUCCACAAGCUCGGCACCGAGAUGGUCAUCACCAAGAGCGGAAGACAAAUCUUCCCGCAGAUGAAGUUCAGACUGACCGGCCUGGACCCCAAGUCAAAGUACAUCCUCCUCCUCGACAUCGUCGCCAAAGACGACUACCGGUACAAGUUCCACAACAGUCGGUGGCUCGUCGCUGGCAAGGCGGACCCGGAAAUGCCCAAACGCAUGUACAUCCACCCGGACUCGCCGUGCACGGGCGAGACGUGGAUGCAGAAGCUCGUCAGCUUCCACAAGCUCAAGCUCACCAAUAACAUCUCCGAUAAGCACGGAUUUGUAAGUACCGGGGUUACGAUCCUCAACUCGAUGCACAAGUACCAGCCGAGGUUCCACCUGGUGCGCGGCAGCGACGUGAGCGCGCUCGCCUACAAGCUCUUCCGCACCUACGUCUUCGAGGAGACGGCCUUCGUGGCGGUAACGGCCUACCAGAACGAGAAGAUCACCCAGCUCAAGAUCGACAACAACCCGUUCGCCAAGGGCUUCCGCGACACGGGCGCCGGCAAGCGGGAAAAGAAACAAGCGAUGCUGGCCGCGCAGAGGCAGACCGACGACCACAAGUCCACGCCCUCGCGACCCGAGUCGUCGGCGUCCUCGCAGCCCAGCAGCGGUGGCGCGCCUUACACGCCCACGUCCUCGCGGCAGCGGGACCGGGACGUCGGCUCCAGCCCGCCGGCGUCGCACCACACGUCCAGGUCGGACCGGGACGACGACGAGAAGAUGAACGUGGACGUGGUGGGCUGCGGCCCCGACAGCCUCCUCGGGUACUCGUUCGCCCACCGGCCCUUCCUCGGCGGCCCCGGCCACCCUCCCUCAGAGUCCGUCGUCGAGGAGGCCAUGCGAGUGCGCAUCGACCAGAUCACGCUCGCCCAGAAGCACCACCUGUACGACGCCAAGCACGGCGAGGACGGCGACAGCGACCGGGACGGCAGCGAGUCGUCGGCCGAGUCGCACUGCGAGAGCGAGCCCGGCGAGCGGGCCACAGCCUUCCAGCCCAUCGCGCGGUCGCCGGACAAGCCGAGCGGCGAACCGGGCGGGCUCUCCAGCCUGGACAACCCGACACCCAGGAUGUCCAUGGGGCCGCCCAUCCAGCCGCCGCCCCAGCUCUUUCCCUACCUGUACCCCCCGAGCCUGUACGGGGGCGCGGCGGCCGCCUUCCAGACGCCGUCGCCGCUGUCGCUGUUCGGACCCGGCGGUGCCGCCGGCGCGGGGAUGAACCCCGGGCUGCUGUUCAACGCGCAGCUCGCCAUGGCCGCGCAGCACUUCGGCCACUACCCCCACCUCGGCCAGCCCGGAGGCGCACUUCAGCACCAGCUCAAGGCAGCCGCCGCGCUGGCCAACAACCACCGGUUCUCGCCGUACCAGCUGGCGCCACCAGUGGCUCCCCCCGUCACCAGCCCGUCGGGCGGCGGCGCUCCCUACCACGGCGCCGUGUCCGUUGGCGCCGAGUCCCCCACCGGCUCCGCCUUCGAGACGGUCACCCCGCGCAGCGCGUGCGGGUCACCGCCGACCAGGUCGCCGCCCCAGGUCUCCCCCUCCCUGCCCCUCAAGAGGCCGGCGUCAAGGGAGCUCCCGUCCGCACCCCCGGCCUCGAGGAGUAAACAGUCGACACCGCCGCCCCCGUCGUCGACGUCACCCCCACCGCCCAGCCUGCCACUGCAGGUGCCGUCCCCCAGCUCAAGCUCGACCACGUCGGCCUCCGUGGAGCUCAAGAGCAUCGAAAAGAUGCUGAACGGGCUGCAGCAGCAGCAAGAAAAGCGGAACGGGGACAUGCCCACCAACACAAGCAGCCCCUUUGCGACCUAGUCCCGUCUGGAGGAACAUGAACUUUAUAAAAAUUCUUCCGGACACACCUCAAGCACAAAGCUAAAAGAAAUAUGUUGUAGCUUAUGUAAUUUAUGAUAUUAUUUAUGAAUCUCAUUGUAAAUAUUAUACUCUUCUCGCGAGUCUACUUUUUUGCCAUUCUGGAGAAGAAUCUUUUUCCUCGUUCGUUGGAAGGAUCGUCGCUUUUCCCCAUGUAAAGAUAUAAAGUUUAGUCUGAUUCUAUUUGUUCACGUAGGAUUUUCCUGCUGUAAAUGUUAACUUUAAUGGAACAAAAUAGUCCUUUUACCUCUCAACUUAUUCUUCUUUUUCCUGAUGCUAUUAUGAAACUGUGUAAGUCUCGUAGCAACAUAGUGAUUGUAUUUAGAAUCAAACAGAAAGCUCUCUCUUUAUGGUUGCGUUCCAUAGAGCUAAUUCAGAACUAUAUAACUCAAUCGUUAGAGAGUUGACUUUUUCACCUGGCCUGAGUACAAAUUGAGCCUCAGAGAAAGAAACGCACGCCGUGUGGUCUACAGUUAAGUGACAACCAGGAAGAAGAUGACUUCAGUUUGGAGUUUAGACUCCCCUGAACUGAAAGUGAAGCGACCUAACCCCAGAGUGUCUGCUCGCACCAUGUGAUCGUGUAAAGGGUGCGCCUUCUGCACAAUAUUGGGGAGGAAGCUACUGUUACCGCGGGUUCCCUUCGAGGGGAACCUGCCUUAAUUCGGAAAAUUUCAAACGACCACAAAAAGACUAAGGUGUGGAUUUCUCUGAAUUUAUCGAAAGGAGCUAUAGGAAGCUUAACUUGAUCCGAGAAAUUAACUGACUUACCUGUCGCUGUUAAUUGACGCACUAAAAUGCUUUAUUUUGCCUUUGUCACGGCAAGGGCUGUGUGAAAUGAAAUGUUGUAUCAAGAUUUCAUUUUCGGGUAUAAUAUUGAUGUGAGGGGGAGAAAGUUUGUGCUGACUUGUCUAGUGUUGCCUUCUCUCUCAAACCCUCCCUAUUCCUAAAUAUAUUCCAGAACCAAAGUGCUAAUGGUUAUAAUGUACAUUGCACAUGACUGCUUUGAGUGUGUAUAGAACUCUCCUUUCUGAAAGCAAAUGUGGCCUAUAGUGAUAAAUAUUGGAACAUAAAUUCAUUUCUUUCAGGCUGAUAACAUUUGAAUUCAGAGAAGGAGCUAAGUUGGUUUUAAUUCAUCUACUUUAGUGGAUCAAAAUAUGUUUUAACAUCCUGUUCCGCAGUCUCUUUGGAUGUAUUUCAGUGUCUGAAGCUCCUUGGUCUUUUUUUGGGUGUUUAUAUUCCCAAUUUAAUUCAGUUGUUUUGUUUGUUUCAUUUCAAAUUCUAAGCAAUAAUGGUUUUGAGAAAGUAAGGAGACAAUAUAUAUUUG